UGCCGGCGCCGGCGACUUCCAUUUUCUCUCCGCCUUUGCUGGCUGGGAGAGCAGCGAUGAAGCUGGUGGCCCUGGGGGGGCCGGAGAAGCUGCUGGUCAUCGGCUCCCUCCUGGCACACGUCUACUGUGAAGAGGAAGUGUUCGGCAUUUCAGGAGAAAAUUUUACUUUUCCAGUACAAUCAGACAAAAAAAUAGACGAAGCUAUUUGGACGAAAAACAAAGAUAAAGUGGCUGAAUGGGAAGGGCAAGGCGAACCAAUAUAUUACAAUUCUCUCCAGAACAGAGGCUUGCUUAACAAGGAGAGUGGGAACUUGACCAUAUUUAUACUGGAGAACAGUGAUAAUGGAACAUACGCUUUAGAACGUAUUUUUAAUGAUAGAAAAAAUGACUUCUUAAACUUCAGGCUUACUGUGUUAGCUCCCCCUUCUGAACCUCAUAUAAGUUGCAACGUGAGUGGUGACAACUUUGUGCUAACAUGUGCAGCAGAUUUCCAGAAGCCUCUGGGUUAUAGUUGGAAGAUUGCUGGCAUAGCAACCACUUUCUGGGACCAGAAGGUUGUGAUCCCUACAUCGGAUGUUGAUACUGGGGCAAAAGCUGCAUGUUUCAUUAAAUACUUUGAAACGGAAAAGAGCUCCGAAAUCACUUUGAAUCAGUGUUUUCCAACUUAUCAAGGGUACGGAUAUCAAAAGAGAAGUAGACGUGGGCUUAUUAUUGCUCCCAUUGUUUGUCUUGUCAUCGUUGGAACUGGGCUACUAAUAUACCUGUUCAAAAGAAAAAAAGCUAGAUCUGGAACAGGAGGAGCUGAUCAGAGGAAUAUUCCAGGAGAAGUUCAUCUACUUGGAAACCAUAAUGCAGAUGGGGAGGAAGAAAAAAAUGAAGUAAAUGGUGGUAGGCCUGGAAACGGUAACAUAGCUGCAUCUAUGCAACCUUCUGACAUGGAGGAGGAAGAGACUGAAGCAGCGGGUGCCACCCAGGGUGUGGAGGAUGGAAAAUGCUAGCAUCUGAGCGGCUGUUCCCCCAUCAGUGAAACAGAAUCUUACGCCAUAAGUAAUUGACUUGUGGAUGAAACAAUGUUUUGACCUAAUGGAAUAGAAUUCAACAAGGGAAGAGCCACUAUCUUUUCUCUUGGAGAUUUUCCAGAAACACUGAAGUCAUCUGCAAAGAAAUGUUUUGAAGGCUAGUUAAGCUGAGGGAAAAAUGCCUGGUUUUCUUUCCUCAGAAUGGAUAGCCUCCUUUUCUUCACGCUGCAUGAAGACAAACAGCUUGAGUCAUGAGCAGCAAUCUCUACUGUACUGUUUUAUAUCUGUUUGUAGCGAACAGCACUCUACUAACAAAAAAAUGAACAGCCAAGGAUUUCUUUAUACAUGUUGUGUAGAACCAUCAAAGAGCCCCGGCUGGAAGAGACUUUGAAAGAUCAUCAAGAACAACCUUUUGAAGUUGACAGCCUUUUAGAUACUAAAGGAGGUUUAUUUAUCCUCAUUCAAAUAUAUAGAUCAAAAACUAAUUAGCUUUCUGUGCAACUGCUGGAUCAUUAUAUUUUACAGUCGGAAGAGAGAUGGUUCAUCCUUCAGAAGUUCCAGAUGGAUCAAAAUUUGAAUUUGCUAGUUUGGGUUCCCCAGCAGGAACUCAGUGAUCUAGACAAGUAUUCUCAAAGAAAAUUCUCUCAUGGAGUCAGCGGAAGACUGGCAAGCUGUGAUCAUUUCCAGUGGUGGUUAUCUUUAAGACAGAGUUACAACUCAAUUUAUUCUUGCAUUAGAACAAAGCUGCCGCUAUUAGCACUAUUUUGUUUUUUUGACCUUGAACUUUUGAUAUUCUUUGCACUUUCAGCUUUUUGGGGGGUUCUUUUAUGUCUUAACUACUGCUUCACAUUAUUCCAGUAGAACGUCAGUCUACCCAUUUCUAAAGAAUAGUAACAUGCUUUUGUCUCCAGCCACGAGCAAACUAAAACUUGAAAACUGAGCUCAUAAAAAUACUGAAGCUCAAAAAGAAACAAAGAGAAAAGAAUACCACGUAUUAGUGGUUUCAAAUCAUCAAGUUGUGGAGCGUGUUUCAUGAAUUCUGUAUGCUGGAUGUGUUUAUUGAAGUUUGAAAGCCAUUGCAGUUGAUUUCGGAAUGGGUGUAUGUAAACAACCCUGAAGGUUAGUCAGUGAUAACCAGAGAUCAGAAAGUUCUCUUUUGUCUUCCUUAUUGGACCAAGCAUUUAUUGCAAGGCAGCGAUCAAAUUCUCCUCUGUGUAGUGGUGUAGGAACAUCCAUGCUGUUAGUAAUUAAGUAAUUACUCAAGACUUCUAGCUGUAGUCAGCUAGAAGUGGAAGGGAUUCUGGCAUAUUGCCAAGUUCUGCUAUGCUGCCUUGUCUGUAUAAUUCUCAAGCCAAAUAGCUCAUCAAAUCUCUGUGCCUGCUUUUGGUACCUGCAGUCAUGUUUAAUGAAUCAGUCCUGCAUGGUGCAAUGUUAAGGCCUCAAGUUUAUGAAUCAGGUGGUGAGAAGACUAGCAACAGAAAGGAGCCUAUAGCAGUAUUAGAAAUUAUAGGAAAAAUUAAGUUAGAUGGGACCUCAGGCGUUCAUGUAGUUCAAACUCCUACUUAAACCUGGGUCAGCACUGAAAUGAGACUAAGUUACUCUGCUUCACUUAGUCUGGUCUUGAAAACCUUCAAAGAUGGAGAGUGCGCAGCCUCUCUGUCAAGCCGUUUCAUUGUCUGACUUUCCAUGUUGAAAAACUGUUUCCUUAUAUCCAGUCUGAAUCUCUGUUGUUUCAACUUAUGUCCAUUAUCUCUCAUCUUCCCACCAGGUAUUGCUAAAAAAAAAAAAAAAAAAAAAAAAAAAAGCUUGUCACCAUCUUGUAGGUAUGGGAAAGCUGCUGUCAGUUACCCCCUUAAGCCUACUCUUCUGCGGGUGUGAGCUUCUCCUCACAGUGAAAUGCUCUAAUCCUCUGACCAUCUUGGUCAAUCUUCACUGAAUUUGAUCCAAUUUACUGAUGUCUGUCUUGCUGAAGGGGACAUAAACUGGAUGUGCUGCUCCAAAUGCAGUCUAAUAAGUGCAGAGUAGAAAUUGUAGAAUAUCCUGAGUUGGAAGGGACCCACAAGGAUCAUAGAGUCCAAAUCCUGGCUCCGCACAGGGCAACCUAAGAAUUAAACCGUAUAUCUAAGAGCAUUGUCCAAGUGUUUCAUGAUCACUGGCAGACUUGGGGCCUUGACCACUUUCCUGGGGACCUUCUCCCAGUGCUUGACCACCCUCUCAGUGAAGAAACUUUUCU